AUGCACGUAUGCACAUAUAGUCAAAUAUUUCCCUAUUUCAUUUUUCAUAAAGUGAUGGUUUACUCAAGUUUCCAUAAAAAAAUAUUUUUAUGAAGAUAAGAGUCAAGUUUACUAUAUCAUGUCUUCGCCUCUCUUUUAAGCUUGUAUAAGAUUUUCUUCCACUUGUAAAUUUUAUUCUUUUUGACAUCAACCACAAAUCUCUCUGAGGUCACUCAACAUAUAUAUAUUCAUUCAAUUAUUUAUUCAAAAAUACAGAUUUAGCAUGAAAUUAAAAUACUAAUAACUUCAUUUGAAUUUUGAUGAACUCGAAUUGGAGGUUAAAUAUGUUGUCGUGAUGCAACCAAGUUCAUGUAAAUAAUAUUUAUAAAAUCUCACUCUUUUAUUUAUAAUAAGUAAGGGUCGAUUCUCAAAGAGUGUGGAUAAUGAGAGUAAACAUUUUAUUUAUUUUAUUUCUUAUAUAUAUACAUAUAUAUAUAUAUUUAAGAUCAUGAAGGGUAGAAUUAAAAACAAAAAAAAUGAAAACAAGACAAAUAUAAAGUGUGGCAAAGGAGAGAUAAUAAAUAUAAUGUAAUGAAAUGAUAGAAUAAAUAGUAAAACUAGUUCGAAUUAAAAGUUAAUAUAUCCGUAGAGAGGAUUACAAGAACGCCCUAAAUUUGAAUCCUACAUAAACCUCAUUAUGCUCCAGUCAUAGGUUGAGUGAUGCUUGAUUCGUGAUGAUUUUGAUAUGCUCCAAGUAAUCUCUUCUCCAUGAUGAUCUUGGGUAUGAGAAUGUCAUUGACUAGGCCUUAAUUUCUCUUAUAUUUUCUUUGACUAGCCACUAUUAAAGAGAGAGUCAAAAAGAGUCUUCCAAGAAAAAGGCGAGAUAUCUUAAUCCUUUCAAAAAUUAGGUCCCUCAUAUGGACGGUUAUAAUUAAUAAUCGACUAUCUUAGUGGAUGGCCUUGGGCGGCACUUUAAUCCUUCUUUUAAUCUCAUCAAAGACGUCCUAAGAUGGGCAACAUAAAUUUCAUCUCUUGAUAGCUUUUUUAAGUCCAAAUGGGCUAAGCCAAGAUGAUGCCCUCUCUUGGGCCCAUAAAUAUAUUAGGCCAGCUCUCUCCAUAAGACGACUUUUCAUUGGGUUGAAGGCUUAGGCUUCUUCCAUUACUUCUAACUUAUAAUAAGAGCUCACAUAAGUCUUUGCAAUCAAAUAAUUAUUAAGAAAAAGUGAGAGAAUACCACAACUUCAUAAAAGUCAAGUGAGGUUAGUCUCAUAA